GUGAAGCAGCCACAGAAAGGAGGGCAAAACGGAAAAAGGCAUCCACUGGUCUAGCAGCAUCCGGUGAGGAAGUCGGUCAAAAUGAGCAGUGGGAGAAAUAAUGAUGAAGAAAUGGAGCCUGAGGAAGAACAGGAGGAGGUGGAGCCUGGCCCCCUUGAUCGCCUUAGGGCCGGUGAAGAGUGGAUCAUCAAGGAGGAAUUUGGAAAUCGAAUAUGCUUUUCGUUGGCAUGGCGGUCGCCGCGGGGAGGGUGCGUGGACAUGGAUAUGUCAAGCGUUGCGUUCCGGAAAGAUGGAACACUUCUUGAUGCCAUCUUCCACAUGCAUCUGAAGUCGGGCCAUCAGUUUGCGAGGCACAUGGGAGAUGAUCGGGAGGGAACCUUUGGCGAGGAAUUGAAUGACUGUGAAAGGAUACAUAUCAGUGUUGACAAGAUUCCCGAAGAGGCGAAUUCCAUCUUGUUUUUAGUCUCUCAAUUCGGCGAGAAAGUACCAGAGAAGAAACCUGAGAAGAAGAAGAGAAAACUCUCCACAGUGCCUGAAGAAGAACAGUUAGGUCAGCCUCUAACUGAGGCAGAGGCCCUCGCAGAUGACGCACUGCUCCAGCCACCGCCGGCGGCAACAGAGCCGGCUCCUCCAGGAUCAGAGGCAGAUCAGGCAGCAACAGCCCCGGCUGAUAAGGAUGCGGCGAGCGCCUUGGAAACUGGUUCGGGAGAGCCGGGAGAAGCGAAGGAGGGAGAGGUGGAAGGCGACCUGGAAGAUGCCGAGGGGAAGAAGGGUGUGUCGUUUUCAGAUACGAAUCAGGAGUAUUCACCCACAGCGACUGGGGAGAAAAGUAGUGAUGAGAGCAAAAGAGAAGAAGGUACCGGUGAGGAGUCGGCGGACGAAGCAAGUCCGACUGGCAGUGCAGAGGAAGGUACGGAACCGACUAAGGAAGAAGGUGAAGACCAGGAGGUACAGGACCAAGUACCCCCGCCGGCUACGGCAGACGAGGUUGCAGAACCAGAAGCACAACAGCAGGAAGAGGAGCUUUCUUCUGAAGGGGAGGAGAAAGGAGAGACCGCACCAGAGGGAGAGGGAGAGGAGACCGGAGUGGCGACUACCUCACAGGAUCCCCCUGAAUCUGGAGAAGAAGGACCUGACACUACUGAAGCCCCAGCUGAGGAUGACGCUGGGGGUCCCAGGGGCUCAAGCGGUGAAGAGCCGGGGAACGAGGGUGGGCAAGACAGUGCCCCCUCAGGUGGCGAAGAGCCGGCCAGUGAAGAUGAGGCAAAGGGGGCCUCAGACAAAGAAGAUGGCGAUGGAGAUGGACCACAGACGGACGAAGAGAAGGAACCCACCACUCAAAAUGCAAAGUCCAUGGAUGACCAAGCAGAUCAGGAUCAGGAUCAGGAUCACGCCAAAUCAAGUGGCGAGGAAGGUGACGACGAUACGGGUGGCGAAGGGAGCGCCGAAGGGGAGAGUGGAGAUGAGGAGGGGUCAAAACCCCCCGAUGGCGAACAGUCACCCCCUCCAGAGCCGGAGCCAGAAGACCCGUAUCCACCACCAACUGAGGAGCAGCUAGCAGCUGCUGCAGCUGCAGAUGCAUCCGGAGCCUCACUGGAAACCGAAGGCUUGGGGGAGACCAUGAUAGUCAUCCCUGUGACCACAUUUGGUACACGGGCGGAGAGCUUGACGUUUCGUGUCCUCUCCGAGGAGAUGGAAGAGCUGAUAGCGUUAUCGAUUGGCGAGGACUUCGCCGAUCCAACGGUGGGGUCCGUGGCCAUCUGUGUGAUAAGACGCAUGGUUAACGGGUGGUGUAUACGAGGCCUGCACCUGCCGGCGGGGUCGGCAAGAACAUGGGGUGAAGCGCUCGUUGCACUGCCUCGAGCCCAGGCGGAGAUCUUGAUCCCCAGCUACAAAAGGCGUCUUUUGCCCCAGUGGGACAUCCUGAAACCCAUCCCGAAGUUCGAGCACUACAACUUUGAGGAGAUGUCGAAGAUCGUCGAAGCCUGGAAACCGGUGAAGAAGGAGGAAGAAGGAGGUGCAGAGGAAAAGGAGGAGGGAGAAGGUGAAGAAGAGGAGGAAGACGAGGUCCCCGUCAAGCCUCCAAAAGGUCGACGAAGAAGCGUUGAAAGUGUGGAUACGGCAGCUGACGGGGACUCGGAGGAACCGGAGCUCCCACCUCUCGACUGGAAAGUUUUCGAAAUCCGUGUCGACUUAGGCUGGGUCAUGCAAGACGAUGCCAACGACGACAUGGAAUGGGGGUGCUUUCUAUUUGAUAGUCAUGGUGAGCUUGUAGACGAAGUCAGCAGGAAGGUCAAGGAGAUUGAUGGAGUCAGUGUUGAGGAUGAAGAGGAGGAUUUGGCAGUUUUCAAUCACUAUUGCAAGCCUCCAGAGCCACCAGAGGAAGAGGAGGAGGAGGACGAGGAGGGUGCAGCUGCUGCUGCUGAGGGGGCAGAGACAGAGAAGAAAGAGGGGGCAGAGGGCGAAAAGCCGCAGGCAGAAGGGGAAGAAGGUGGGGAGGGGGAGGGGGAGGAGGGGGAGGAGGGGGAGAAUGGAGAAGAAGAGGAGCAGGAACAAGAAGAAGAACCUGAACAAAAAGACGAGGAUGAAGAAAACGAAGAUGGAGAGCAGGAGGCUGAACCUGAACCUGAACCAGCGCCUGAACAGACAGCGAUCAUCCUCUUCACGCUCGUGAGGGAGGCACCGAACAAGCUUUUUGUCCUGUGGAAGAAUGCAGGGAAGCCAGAUCCAACAACGUUCAUCGAGGAAAUUCGCAAGCAGAAAAGAGACCUCACGAAAGAAGAGGUUGACCUUAAAGUCGCUGUUCCGUUUGAAACCAACUUCUGGCGUAUUCGGUUGGAUGCGAUUCCAUGCACCGGGGAGUCCAUGGAAGAGUCUAUGGAAAGACUUGUUGAUGUUGCGUCCUACACCGAACUCCUCCAGCAGGGGCUCAGCGGAGAUGAAGGCGAUGGCGGCGUGAAUCUGUCGUUCGGGCUCUGUAGCGGGAGGUCAUCGGCCACCUCACGAAUGGUUGUUGUGUGUCCUCACCCAGAUGACGACGGUGGGCAAGUGAUGGCUGUUGUGCGAUCAUCGAAGUCUCUAGCGCCGAUUCGGGAGGCGUCGGGGAACAACAGGGAUCCUCCGAGGCAGCAAUUUCAGUCGCCGUUUGUGUCGACGGGUGCCUCCGCUCGCCCCCAAUGGAUGCAGUCUCUGUCUCCCCUGUCCGCCGGUUCGAGUGCGGCCCGCCGUCGUGGCAAUGCGGGGAGACGGAUUCUGGCUUCGACGAUAUUGGUGACGAACGGGACGGAAGGGAGGAAAAGGAGGCACCAGUUCUGGACGCCGAUGAUCACGAGGACGAUGACAACGACGGAGAAGGUGGGGAGGAGGACGAAGGCUACAUUUCGUCGUCCAAGCAAAACAGCAUGGGAGGCAGGGGCGGAAAGACGAAGGCGUCUGCGGCCUGCCCGCAAUGGUCGUCGGGGGAAAAAAGCAGCGGGGAAGGGGAGUGAUGCCGACGGGGACGAUGACGCGGAAGGAGGCCGACACUUCUGGUCCGUUGACCACAUUUUAGCCCUCAUCAGGGCUAAACAUGACCAGGAUGCGCAUAUGCAGGGGAUGGGUCAUGCCUACGCUCGGAUCAAGCCACAAGAAUGGAAGUGGUUAGAUGUGGCGCAGAGGUUGAAGAAGGUGGGCUUCGACAGAGACACAGAUAAGUGUGGGAAGACGUGGGACAAUUUGAUGCAGCAGUUCAAGAAGGUGCAUCACUUCAAUGGCUUGUCCGGGGAACAGGACUUCUUCCAAUUGUCGGCGAAGGAGACGACGUCCAAGGGCUUCAAUUUCAACAUGGAUCGUGCGGUGUUUGGGGGGAGGGGUCAUGGGAGGGCACAAUCUCAUGAUGGGGGCCAUUGUUGGCACAGUCCGCUUGUCAUAGGGGCUACGUGACACCCUAGGCCGCGGAUCCUGUGGCCUCCGCGGCGGCCAAGGAGGCCGACCGCUGGCCCGUGGUCGAGGCCACACGAC